AUGAACUCCCAGUUGGUCGGGAUCCUGCUCAGCGCCCUGCUAGGGGUUUCCCUGGGACACCGCACGCGGUGCUAUGACUGCGGUGGAGGCCCCAGCAACUCCUGCAAGCAGACAGUGAUCACUUGUGGUGAGGGCGAGCGCUGCGGCUUCCUGGACCGCAAACCUCAACCCAGCUCGGAGCAAGCCAAGCAACCCUCCGCGACCUUGAGCCAUCACUACCCAGCCUGCGUGGCUACGCAUCAUUGCAAUCAAGUGGCCAUAGAGUCAGUGGGAGACGUGACUUUCACAACCCAGAAAAACUGCUGUUUCGGAGAUCUGUGCAACAGCGCCGUGGCAAGCUCCGUGACCCCGUUGUGCAUCUUGGCUGCAGCUGUUACCACCCUGGCCUGGCUCUUGCCAAGACUGUAG